AUGCAGAGCGGGGCCUUCGACAAGGUCGUGGACGGCGGUGUGGACGAGUUAUCGGUCAGCUAUCUGAUGGAAUCGCUAACAAUGGCGAUGAUCCAGAUGUUGUGCAGGACUCACAAGACGGCGACGGCGUGGCGGUCGGUGCAGUUGAUGGAGCUGCGAGAGGUGGAUAUGGUCGCGGCACGUUGGGUGCAGCAAUUCAUCGUGGGCGAGGGAGAGGAAGCGUCAUACGGCAUCGACUCCCUGGCGAGGGCACCAAGGAUGCGGCCCACCUCGUGGUUAGCGAUUUGCUCGGCGGUGGCGCUGGCGUCUGCUCCCACGGAAGCGGCCAACAUCCUGGCUGCUACAUCCGUCCCCGGCCGCAGCCACUUCAUCAUGUUUCGCCGCCUCUUCAAGGCGCUGGCCUCCAGAGGCCACAACGUCACUGUCGUCGGCCAUUACCCCGUGGACUCUCCGAUGGAGAACUACACCGACAUAAGCUUCAAAGGAGACGUCCCAGAAGCUGACAGUAAUAUGCCCUCGGCCGUCAUCAACCUGCUGCGGAUGCCGUUCGCGGGGCCCGUCUUCCUGAAGAACAUCAACCGGCAGCUGUGCGCGAAGGUGUACGACCUGCCGCAGAUGCGGCGGCUCGCCAGCUCCGGGUCGCGGUUCGACCUCGUCAUCUCCGAGGACUUCGUCCACGACUGCAUGGCGGCGCUGGCGCAUAAGUUCCGCGCGCCGCUGGUCGCCAUCAGUUCCAGCAUGGCCCUCAACGGCGCGCACGACAGGGUGGGUAACCCCGACCACCCCGCCUACACGGAGCAGUGCCUGGUGCCCCUGAAGGCGCCGUUUAGCUUCUGGGAGCGUGUGUACAGUACGGUGAUGCACGUCUACGUGAGAGCCGUCGACUGGCUGAUGUCGGGCGGUUACGUCGACCAGAAGCUGCGCGAGGUGCUGGGAGCGGACACGCCGCCGCUGGAGCAGAUCAUCCGCAACACCAGCCUGGUGCUGAUCAACAGCCACUGGAGCGUCGACCAGCCCGUCCCCAGCGUGCCGGCGUUCGUCGAGGUCGGCGGGCUGCACGUCGAGGACCCCAAGCCCCUGCCGAAGGAUCUGCAGAGUUUUCUAGAUAAUAGUCCUCAGGGAGUGAUCUACUUCAGCUUCGGUUCCCUGGUGCAGCCUGACGAUUUGCCAGAGGAGAAGUUUAAAGCAAUUCUGGACGCUUUGGCGUCGGUGCCUCAGAAUGUCCUCUGGAAGGUCGACCCGGCUGCCCUGCCACACCUGCCACGCAACGUGCGAGCUCAGAAGUGGAUGCCUCAGAACGACGUCCUCUAUCACCCGAACGUGCGCGUGUUUAUAACGCACGGCGGACUGCUGGGGACGCAGGAGGGCAUAAUGGCGGGCGUGCCGCUGCUCGUCGUUCCGUUGUUUUCCGACCAAGAGCUGAACGGAGUGAGGGUGGCCGCUGCGGGCAACGGCGUCCGCGUCCGCUACGAGGACCUCACGUUCCAGGCGCUGCGGAGCGCCAUCGAUACGCUGGUCAACGAUACCAGGUACAGCGAGCGGGCGAAGCAGCUGUCUUCGCUGUACAGGGACCGCCCUCGGCCGCCGCUGGAGGAGGCUGUGUACUGGGUGGAGUACGUGCUACGUCACAAGGGAGCCCCGCAUCUCCGCUCCGCGGUGCUCGAUCUCGCCUGGUACCAGUACCUGCUCCUAGAUGUCGCGGCCUUCGUCGUAGCAGCGGCAUCUCUCCCACUACUGGCGCUGUACUUUAUCGUCCGGAACGUGGUCCGAUCACACAAGAACGAUAAUAAAGUGAAGAAGCAGUGAAUGCACGCUCAGGGAUCGCAGUCGUCAACAUUUCUGCGUUUGUGACAGUCGAAGGAUUAUUGACGAGUUUGAGAAUGCCAGUAAACUUUGGAAACGGGAGCAUUCUUUGCGUGAAAAUGUACACCCAUGACAUGCAUACGAGUUAGUAGAGGCGUCGGCUACCGCUUUUCAUUGUGUCGGAGAGAAACUACCA